AUGGCUGAAACUGGAUCACGGAUUGGGUCUGACCCUCCUCUGUCUGAGUGCCCAGAGCCGAUUGCCAUUGUAGGAAUGGGCUGCCGAUGGCCUGGUGGUGUUGAAAGUCCCUCAGAGCUGUGGGAGUUAUUGAAAGAAAAAAGAGACGGCUGGUCCGAGUUUUCGGAAGAUCGUAUCAACCUCGAGGGCUUCUAUCACCCCAAUGGACAACGUCCAGGAAGUAUGUACACCAGAGGUGGCCACUUGCUGCGUGGAGACACUCGCAACUUCGAUCCUACCUUCUUCGGUAUCUCGGCCACAGAAGCCAUGGCCUUGGAUCCCAGUCAGCGCAAAUUGCUUGAAGUCACUUACGAGGCGGUUGAGAAUGCCGGUCAAACCCUUGAGAACUUCUCCGGUUCCAAGACGGGUGUUUUCGUCGGCAACUUCAACAAUGAGCACCAAAUCAUGCAGUAUCGAGACCCAGAUCACACACUACCCUAUGUCGUGACAGGAGGUGGUCCAACAAUUUUGAGUAAUCGAAUUAACUAUGUCUUCAACCUCCAAGGGCCCAGUUUGGUCGUUGAUACAGCCUGCUCCGCGUCCAUGUACGCUUUACAUUUGGCCGUGUUGUCCAUUCGCAGCGGAGACUGCGAUGCGGCCAUCGUUGCCGGAGCCAACGUCAUUCUCGGCCCGGACAACCAAAUCUUCACCACCAAGCUCGGUGCCGUCUCGCCCACCUCUCGCUGCCACACCUUUGAUAUAUCCGCAGAUGGAUAUUCUCGCGCAGAGGGUUUCGGUGCUCUCUACCUCAAAAAGCUCUCUGAUGCUGUUGCUCAGGGUGAUCCAAUCCGCGCAGUUGUGCGCGGAACCUCCUUCAACGCCAACGGGAAAACGGGUGGUAUUUCGCACCCAAGCCCAGAUGGUCAGGAGGCCGUCAUUAGACAGGCUUACAAGGCCUCUGGUGGUCUGAGCCCAGAUCUCACUGGAUAUGUCGAGUGUCAUGGAACAGGCACGCCAGUCGGCGAUCCACUUGAAGUGUCCGCUGUCGGGAGAGUCUUCUCUCCUGGCCGGAAGGAUGAGCCUUUGUUAAUCGGAUCGAUCAAACCCAAUCUAGGACAUAGCGAAGCAGCCAGCGCCAUGUCACAGAUCAUGAAAGCAGUCUUGGCAAUGGAGCAUGGAGAAAUCCCAGCUACUAUUUUGAUUGAGAAUUUCAAUCCUGCGAUCGACUUUGAGGGAGCAAGGGCCAAGGUUGUGACGGAAAUGACUCCAUGGCCUGCCCACUUGCUUCGACGAGUGAGCGUUAAUAGUUUUGGGUACGGUGGAGCUAAUGCUCAUUGCGUUCUAGACCACCCAAGUGUGGUCAUCCCCGGCUAUAAAUUGCGAGGCCUUCCCAAGGCUGGCGAGACUUCAAAUGGCCACCUGAACGGCAACGGCCACACCAAUGGCAACGGUUACCUCAACGGAAAUGGUCACCUUAAUGGAAACGGCCACGCCAAUGGCAAUGGUCAUCUAAACGGCAAUGGUCACCUCAAUGGAAACGGCCACCUGAACGGCAACGGCCACCUGAACGGCAACGGCCACCUGAACGGCAACGGCCACCUGAACGGCAACGGCCACCUGAACGGCAACGGCCACCUGAACGGCAACGGCCACCUGAACGGCAACGGCCACCUGAACGGCAACGGCCACCUGAACGGCAACGGCCACCUGAAUGGCAACGGUCAUCUCAACGGCAACGGCCACGCCAAUGGCAAUGGUGACCUCAACGGCCUUGAAGACCACGAUGUCUCUGAUGAUGACCUAUCAUCACUCAGUUGGAAUCAACCGGCAAAGCUCACUCAGACCCAGGGAGCCGGAACUCGUCCAUUCAUCUUGCUGCCAGUCUCUGGUCACGAUGAGCGUGCCUUGAAGGCCAACUUCGCGGGACUUUCCCAGUCAGUGAAAGAUUACGAUCUCGCUGAUCUUUUGUACACACUGGGAUGUCGAAAGUCCAAGUUCCCUCGUCGUGCCUUUGCCAUUGUCGAUUCGAAGACGGUGACUGAUGGAGUUGACUCUGACUUAAUGAUCUCUGGAAAGUCGCCUAGCUCCCCGGCUCGGCGAAUUGGCUUUGUCUUCACGGGACAGGGAGCUCAGUGGCCACAAAUGGGUGCAAAGUUGCUGCAUGAAUUUGGAGUCUUCAAACGCACAAUCCAGUACCUGGAUAUGGUGCUGAGCAAGCUGCAGAAUAAGCCAAGUUGGACGAUUGAGGGCGCACUUUUGGAGCCGGCAGCCACAAGUCAAAUUCACGAUCCGACAUUCUCGCAGACUGUUUGCACUGCCCUCCAAAUCGCAUUGGUGUCUCUUCUCAGACAAUGGGGAAUCACCCCCAAGGCCACUGUUGGACAUUCCUCUGGUGAAAUCGCAGCCGCCUAUGCCUCUGGAUAUCUGAAAGCAAGCGAAGCCAUUGUCCUAGCGUACUUCCGCGGUCAGGUCGUGGCAACCAACCAACGAAAGGGACUCAUGAUGGCCGUUGGUCUAGAGCCAAUCCAAGUUGCAUCUUACCUGGAAGGCAUUGAAGCCGACGUCAAGAUUGCAGCCAUCAACUCGCCACACAGUGUCACUCUUUCUGGCGAGCCGGAUGCGAUUAACAACCUGAGCAAAACAAUGAGCGGAGAAGGUGUUUUCGCUCGUGUGCUGAAUACUGGUGGGAACGCCUAUCACUCUCACCACAUGCAAGCUCUUGGGUCAGCGUAUGAAGAGCUAGCCACCCAGGGUCUCGAAGAAGUCAAGUCAAUCGUGGACAGCGAGCCAUCAAACCCGAUGGCGAAGUGGAUCUCAUCUGUGACGAUGAAGGAAGUGAGAGAACAGGUUCUUCCUUCUUACUGGCGACGCAAUCUCGAGGCGCCCGUUCUUUUCUCAUCCGCAGUCGAGAAGCUCGCCCAAUCUGAAGCUGUUGAUCUUCUCAUUGAGGUCGGGCCUCAUCCUGCCUUGGGUGGUCCGUUGAAGCAAAUUCGCUCUGCUCUAGAGAAGACUGGGUCUGUUCUUCCACCUUGUCUGGGGUCCCUUCGCCGUGGCGAACACGACGUGACCAGCAUGUUGACACUUGCGGGUAAUUUGUUCAUCAGCAAUGCCCCAAUCAACUUGGUGGCUGUGAAUGCAACCGAGAAUGAGGACGAUGAGACUAUUCUCUCUCAUGGCUUCCCUUGCAUCGAUAUGCCUCAGUACAAAUACUCGUAUCCGGAAACCCCAGUCCACUACGAGAAUCGCUUCAACAAGGAGUACCGUACCAGGAAGCAUCUGCGUCAUGACAUUCUCGGUGCCCGAGUCCCCGGAGGCUCAAAGACACACCCACAAUGGAGAAACGUUCUGCGCUUGAAGGACCUUCCUUGGCUCGAAGACCACAAGCUUCUUCCUCACGCCGUUCUUCCGGGGGCAGCUUACAUUGCUAUGGCAAUUGAAGCAGUCAGUCAGAUGCACCAUGAGGCGGAAGAUGCUUCUCCAAUCAAGUCCUUCCAGCUUCGCCAGGUGGCAAUCAAUUCAGCGCUACGUGUCGAAGACACUGAGCUGGGCGUUGAGACAGUCCUCAACAUGGAGAGAUUGCCAUUGACAAAUGCAGCUGUCAUGUCGCAAUGGUACAAGUUCAGUAUUGGUUCCAUCUUGCCAAACAGCGAUGAGUGGACCCAGCAUUGCACUGGAACUAUCUCCGUGGCUGUUGAGAAGACCUCGAUUGACGAAAGCCAAAAGCUGAAGGCCGACCCUCGUUCGAGAUCACUUGAUAUCUCGCGUUGGUACCGGAGCUUCAGUGCAGCAGGCCUAGGCUAUGGCCCGGCUUUCCAGGGUUUGUCGGACCUGAAGGCAUACCGUGGCUCUAAUGUCACAUCUUCCAGUGUCUCCCUGCAGCCUACCGCCGAUUUCAAGAAUGAAUCCGAGUACGCGAUUCACCCGGCGACUCUGGACACCUGUAUUCAGCUAGCUCUGAUUUCGUGUCACGCAGGUCAAGUUGAGAACUUUGAGAAGGCAUUCGUCCCCAUUUUCGCCGACAACAUGACUGUUUGGGUUCCUGAAUCCCCUAGUGAGCAACAGGGCUUGGGUGUCGCAAGGGGAGCCAUGCUCGGUCUUCGGAGUGUCUACGCGCGAUCUCAACUCUACAGUUCGUCUGGUGCACCACUGCUAGACAUUGAGGAGCUGAGGUGCGUUGCUUAUGAUGGAGCCUUGGAUGCUUCCACUUCUAACAUGGUUCGCGAACCGUAUUGGCACCCGGUGGAAAAGGUCGACAUCGAGACUUUGACGCCUUCCAUUGCUGAAGCCAUGUUCCCGCCCAAGCAGAUUGAGUCUUCCGCUUUCACUGAGUUGGAGACUCUAUCCGCUCAUGUCCUCGCAAGUAUCAACGAACAGCUGCGUCAAGACACAGUCCAUGACAAGACUGAAAACCAUGAAAGUUUCGCUCAGUGGGUGAAUUCCUGGGUCAACGCUUCCGAGCGACAAGAUCUGGGCAUCAGCCGGGAGGAGAGACUAGCCAUCAUUGAAGAACUGGCGAAAACUCUGCGUGAUAUCCCUGAAGCCAGAUGUCUCACCGCGCUGCACAGUAGCUUGGGCGAAAUUCUUGAUGGAACAACCAACAGUGUGAAGGUUCUCAUGGAUAACAACCUCUCCACGGACUUGUUUGCAUCAGGAAUCUCCGUCAACGGGGCAUACUCGCAGCUGCGACAGGUUGUAGACCUGCUCGGUCACAGGAACCCGCGAAUGCGGAUCUUGGAGGUCGGCGGUGGCUCGGCGGGAGCUAUUUCGGCUGUCCUCGAUGUGUUGGCGUCUACUUCCACAUCGAAGAGAUUCGGAGAAUAUUUCUUCACUGAUUCCGCGCAGUGGUGCGUCGCAGAAGCCAAGUCACGAUUUGACGGACAUGAAGGAGUGGUCUUCCAGACGCUUGAUGUCUUGCAGGACCCUGUUUCUCAAGGGUUUGAAGCCAGCUCGUUUGAUCUGAUCAUCGCUGCUGGCUGUCUCGGUGAGCUUGACUCUCCCAAGGCAGCAUUGGAUCAACUUCGUCCUCUGCUCAAGUCUUCGGGAUCGCUUGCGUUGCUGGAGACUACGCGACCAACUCUGGCUUCUGAGAUUCUUUCUCGCACUUUGACAGGUCAAUGGGAGUCCGAACGCAUCAGCCGUGAGCAGGCUGAGUGGAAUAGUCUUCUCAAAGAAUCUUCGUUCUCGGGUGUCGAUAUCUCUCUCGAAGAUUAUACAGGAGACCAGCAAAUGACGACUGUCAUGCUCUCGAAGGCUUCUGAAGUCAAAUCAGAUGCCGAUUCGACCCAGGAAACAAACAUCUUCAUCCUCUACCGAGACUCCCUGCCUCUGUUGGCGGAUGUCACUGCUGAUGUUCUGUCGCAGCAGGGCUUCAAUGCCAUCCCGAUCGAACUGUUCUCUGGGGAUGAAAUUCCACGAAACUCAACGGUCAUCAGCUUCGUCGAUAUCAACGGAUCAAUCCUUACCUGUCGCGAUGACUCGUAUUUCAAGGCGCUGCAGGAAAUCGUCCCCAAUGUAUCUUCAAUGAUCUGGGUUGCUGCUGAUCUGAUGAUCCCUGGAGAAUCAUCGAUUAUGAAGGGCAUGCUCAGAUCUAUCAACACUGAAAAUGUAUCCUCCAAGUACGCUUUCAUCGAGUUGGAUUUCAACAACUACACCUCGCAGGGAAGGGCUGCUGAGCUCAUCGUCCGCAAAAUGAGCGAGAUGCGGGCGCUUGCACCUUCUGAAAUUCUUGAUCUGGAGUCUGUCCUUCGAGGAGGCGCUUUCCAUGUGGAGCGUCUACUGCCAGAAGAGACACUCAACAGCCAGUUCUAUUUGCGCAACGGCUUUGAGGAUGACAUCGAGGAACGCGCUGUCGACACUGAGCUGCCCAUCAGAGCUCAAUAUGGACAGGCUGGUAUGCUCUCAUCACUGCACUUCACAACCGACUCGGACUUCAGCAAGCCGCUCGAGGACGACUGGGUCGAAAUCAAGACUGAAUCCAUUGGACUCAACAUGAAGGAUAUCGCGGUAGCCACAGCAAGGUUCGAUCUCAACAACCUGAGCACUGAGGGAGCCGGUGUUGUGACCAGGCUAGGCUCAGCUGUGACUUCCUUGAAGCAAGGUGACCGAGUCUUCGGCAUGAUCCCCGGAAACAUGGGCAAUUACCUUCGAUCGCCAGCGUCUCUGGUCUCGAAGAUCCCCGAUGAGUUGUCUACCGACGGUGCCGCAUCUAUGCCAGUAGUCUAUCUCACUUCAAUCUAUGCCCUUAAGCAUCUGGCUGGGUUGACGAAGGGUGAUUCCAUCCUGAUUCAAUCCGCAACCGGUGGUCUCGGAAUGGCAGCUAUUCAGAUUGCGCAGUCGCUGGGCGCAGAGGUUUAUGCAACAGUGGGUACAGAUGAUAAAGCCAAGAUACUGGUUGAGGAGUUUGGCAUUCCAGCCUCUCGAAUCUUCAAUUCUCGAAAGCUGAGUGCGGUGGAAGACAUUCUGAAGGCCACCAACCGAAAGGGCCUUGAUGUGAUUCUGAGCAGCUCUGGUGGAGAUAUGAUGCAUGAGAUGUGGAAAUGCAUCGCACCUUUGGGUCAUUUCAUUGAUGUUGGUAGAACCGAUGUUCUCGGAGGUGGCAAGCUUGGUCUUGAAGUUUUCAAGAAGAACGCAACCUUCUCCUCUUUUGACAUGGGCAGCAUCUAUCGACAAAAGCCACGCCUUAUCGCUAGGUAUGUCUUUUCUUGUCUUUUGUGUUUGGCUGGCAAAGAGCCCUCACUUACCGGUAAUAGAUUGAUGGCCGAGAUGAUGGAACUUAUCCAGGAAGGCGAAAUUGGUCCAAUUCGACACCUGACGACGUUCUGUAUUUCUCGCCUUGAGGCUGCAAUGAACUCUUUCUCGAAGGGAUUGCACACCGGAAAGUUCAUCAUUAAUUUCCGCGAUCAGAAUGCCACACUGAAGAUCGCACGACCAGUGUCUCGAGCGACAUUCGAUCCAAAUGCGACAUACCUCCUUGUUGGUUGCCUGGGUGGUCUUGGCCGGAGUUUAUCCACCUGGAUGGUCGAGCAAGGAGCUCGCCAUCUGGCAUUCCUUUCGCGAUCUGGGACUAACAAGCCCGAGGCUGUCUCGAUCGUGGAAGAGCUAGUCGCAGCCGGCGCUUUCCCAGAGGUAAUCCAGUGCAAUGUGACUGAUUUGGAUGCCCUCACUUCCGCUGUGGAGCAUCUCAGCGCGACCCGGCAAGUGAAGGGAGUGAUUCACGCUGCAAUGGUUGAAGGAGAUGCUCUCUUCGAGAACGCCGCCUGGUCUCAAGUCCAGAAAGUCCUUGAACCCAAGGUCACAGGAACUGUCAACCUUCACCAUGCCACGAAGAAUCUCCCACUCGACUUCUUCUUGAUGACUUCCUCUAUUGUGGGAAGUGUGGGCACACCUAGUCAAGGAGCAUACACUGCUGCAAAUGCGUUCCAGGACUCAUUCGCCCGAUUCCGCCAUUCCCAGUCUCUCCCAGCCACAACUCUGGGUCUUGGAUUGAUUCUCGAAGUCGGCUCUGUCAGCGCUUCCAUCGGAUUCCAGCAGAUGCUUCAGCGCAAUGCCACCUACGGCGUGUCAGAGACCGAGUUCCUACAGCUCCUCGAGGGUGCACUGUGCAAGUCGGAUCUCUCAUGCUUCAAUGAUGAUGCCAGUUCCCCAGCUCAGGUGGUCACUGGACUUGAGCCGGCUCGUUUCCUGUCCUAUUUGGAGAAUGAUCGUGUGAACGAUCUUGUCUGGUAUAACAAUUCUCGAUUCCAGGGUGUCAGGCAGGCGAUUGCCGAUCGGGCCCGGUCAGCCUCUGCUGGAAGCAACUCGUCGGGAGGCACGUCUUCGAUCGCCACACAGUUGCAGAAUGCAUCGACACCGGCUGAGAAACUUGAGAUCUCGCGAACCGCCAUCACGACGCGUCUCGCAGAGCUUCUCGGUGUCGCGGCUGAUGAUAUUGACGCGAAUAUGCCGGUCUCACGGUACGGUGUGGAUAGUCUGGUGGCGGGAGAGUUGCGGAACUGGUUGAUCAAGACUUUCGGUCUGGAGGUUUCGAUGCUUCAGCUUCUGAGCAAGAACGGAAAGAUCGAGGACUUGGUGAAGGGGGCUGCCAAGUUGGAUGGUUAG